AUGAAGAUGGAUGUUGGAAGUACUCUGGGAAGGUAUAAGAGACAAGCGUGUCCUGGACAUAGCAGUUCUCGGAUUGCACUAGCUGCAAAAAUGAGGGCAAUUCUGAUCAUCUCUCUCUUCAGCUGCUUCUUUGCAGCUUACAAUGCCAAAGUCUUCUCCAAGUGUGAGCUGGCCCGCCAGCUGAAGGCUCAUGGAAUGGAUGGCUUCCAUGGCUACAGCUUGGCAAACUGGGUCUGCAUGGCUCAGUAUGAGAGUAACUUCAACACCCGGGCUUUUAAUGGAAAAAACUCCAAUGGCAGUAGUGACUAUGGGCUCUUCCAGCUGAACAACAAGUGGUGGUGCAAAGACAACAAGUAUCCCUCAGAAAAUGCCUGCAACAUAAUGUGCAGCAAAUUUCUGGAUGAUAACAUCAAUGACGACAUCAACUGUAUCAAGAGGGUUGUGAAAGAUCCUAACGGGAUGUCUGCUUGGGUGGCCUGGGUAAAUCACUGCAAAAAUAGGGAUUUAUCCCAAUACCUGGCCGGCUGUCAGCUGUGA